GUACAGAAUGUAAUUGAGGGAAAGCCGUUAAAUUCUGAAGCCGUAAUUUAUAAUGACUACGUCGCCAAGGAAAUCGAGGCUGAUAUUAAAGUUUUUCAUGAUCUUUCUCAGCGCAUGCGUGAACAACGUUACAAACGUGGUUCAUUAUUUUUGGGCUCUAUUCGAUUAAAAUUUGAUCUUGAUGAAGAUAACAACCCCAUUGAAUGCAAAGUGUAUGAACACAAAGAUGCAAAUCGCCUCAUCGAAGAAUUCAUGUUAUUAGCUAACAUGAGUGUUGCACAAAAGAUAUCUAGUGCUUUCCCUGAACAAGCCUUACUUAGGCGUCAUGCUGCUCCAAUCGAACGUCGACUUGCGGAUUUUGUUGAGCAUGCCAUAAGAUUAGGGUAUGAUAUUAAUUCCAAUUCUGCUGGAGCCUUGCAAAAGUCACUCGAUGCUGUUGAGGACAACAGCGUUAAAGAGGUCUUGAGACUUCUUGCAAUAAAACCGAUGCAAAGAGCCAAAUAUUUCUGUACUGGAACUUUGGACAUCGCAAAAUACCAUCAUUACGCUUUGAAU